AUGUUUGAGGCACUGGUCAUUUUAGCGAUUCCAUUGCUGAUUUUCCACGUCUGGGUACAGCCUUACAAACGAGGGUUCUACUGCGACGAUGAGACCAUUCGCUAUCCCUACCGCGACUCCACCGUAUCGAGACAAAUGUUGAUCGUUAUUGGACUGCUCAUUCCUACGAUUUUGAUAAUCGCCACAGAACUCUUUCGAACGAUGGCUUGGGAGAGGAAAUGUGAAUCGCAGUUCAAAACGUAUCAUUUGAAACAAUAUUCGGUUCAUCGCCUAGUUGUCCGCCUCUACUGCUUCAUCGGUAUGGAUUACUUUUUUUCCUCGGUGUUUGCUUCAAUCAGUUAUUGGUUGACAUUGGAAAGUAUACUAUCGGACGGCAGAGACCACAUUUCAUGGACGUUUGCAAACCAGAUAUUGGUUACACGGAGAAGUGAUAAGAAGCUGAUCCAUGAAUCACAGCUCUCUUUUUACUCAGGUCACGCCGCUUUCAGUUUCUAUGGAGCGUGGUUCACAUCGUUGUAUCUGCAAGCUCGUCUUUGGCGCCCUCUGUUCUCCCGACUGUUACUGCCCGUUAUUCAGUUCUCGUUGUUCUUAGGAGCAUCCUACGUGGCGCUGACUCGAGUCUCGGAUUACAAACACCAUUGGUCGGAUGUUCUCGUGGGCGCCCUCGUUGGAAGUGUAAUAGGUAUUUUUGUGGCCCUCUUCGUGGCUGAAGUGUUCAAACGGCGUGAAAUUCCGGAUUGCGUAAUGGGAGUGGACGAAUUCGGUUUGAUAAGGAUGGAGAAGCGCUCAGAUGUCGGGCCUCCAGCGGUAACGAUGGCCACUCAUGCCAUACAAGUAAGUAAUGAGCAGGAUCCAUCGUCAAACCAGCGACUGUGA